AUGGGGGAGCAAAGCGGCUCUUUUGAAGAGCCUCUGGCAGAGCUCCUCGCUCCGGUGGUGCCGGUGCUGGAGCAGCACCGUGUUUUGGCUCCGCCUGGCGCGGGCCUGGCCCGGCCCCGGCCCCGAACGAGUCCCCUCCCGCGGCUCCGCCCGCAGCCGCCCCGCAGCCGCCCGGCUCCCGGCCCGCGGCCGGCGGCUUCCCCGGUGCGAGCCCCGCCGCCCGUCAGCUCGGCCGCCGGCCCCGAGCCGCCGGAGCCCGGGGAGGCUCGGGAAGCAGCAGCGCCCGGGGCGGGCGGGUGCCCCGGGCAGAAUGGCGAGGGCGCCCGGGAGGGCCCGCUGCUGGGGAGCGGCGGCUGCGGCAGCGUUUACGCCGGGACCCGGCUCGCCGACGGCGCCCCGGUGGCCAUCGGGCGAGUGGCCCGGGAUCGCAUCUGGGAGUGGGCGCGGCUGCACGACGGCGCCCUUGUGCCCCUGGAGCUGGUGCUCAAGUGGAUGGUGUCGUGCCCUGGCUUGGGCGGCGUCGUGCGGCUCCUGGACUGGUUCGAGCUGCCCGACGGCUUCGCGCUGGUCAUGGAGCGUCCGGAGCGCUGCCGGGACCUGUGGCACUUGCUGGAGGCGGGCGGGUCCCUGCCAGAGCCCGUGGCGCGGGGGCUGUUCCGCCAGGUGCUGCAGGCCGUGCGGCACUGCACCAGCCGCGGCGUCCUGCACCGCGACAUCAAGACCGAGAACAUCCUCGUCGACCUGGCCACCGGCGAGGCCAAGCUCAUCUACUUCGGCUGCGGCACCAUCCUCCAGGACACCUUCUACACCUGGAUGGCAGGAACGCAAGAGUACUGCCUGCCGGAGUGGAUCCUCUUUGGCUGCUUCCACGCCCAGCCAGCCACUAUCUGGUCCCUGGGCAUCCUGCUCUAUCACCUGGUGUGUGGGCACCUUCCUUUCAGAACCAGAAGGGACAUCGUCCAGGGCCAGCUCUUCUUCCUGCCCCGGGUGUCUCAAGGCAGAUGUGGCUUCAAGGCACGGGAUCAAGAACGGCUCAAUGGCAUCGUGGUGUCCCUGCAAGCCGAGGCACAGCUGGCGUGUUCUUGA